AUGGCGGGACUGAGCAGCUCGCAGAUCCCCGACGGUGAGUUCACGGCCAUGGUCUACGGGCUCAUCCGCGACUCCCGCUACUCAGAGGCGGUGCAGCUGCUGGCCGCCGAGCUGCAGAGGAGCCCCCGCAGCCGCGCCGGGCUGUCGCUGCUGGCCUACUGCUACUACCGCCUGCAGGAGUUCGAGCUCGCUGCAGAGUGCUAUGAGCAGCUGAGCCAGAUGCACCCGGAACUCGAGCAGUACCGCCUCUACCAGGCCCAGGCGCUGUACAAGGCCUGCCUGUAUCCCGAGGCCACGCGGGUCGCCUUCCUCCUGGACAACCCCACCUAUCAGACUCGCGUCCUUCGUCUCCAGGCUGCUAUCAAGUACAGCGAGGGCGACCUGCCAGGAGCCAGGAGCCUGGUGGAGCAGCUGCUGAGUGGGGAAGCUGGAGAAGACAGUGGAGGGGAGAAUGACCCAGAUGGUUUGGUCAACAUGGGCUGUCUGCUCUACAAGGAGGGACACUAUGAAGCUGCCUGUUCCAAGUUCUUUGCAGCCCUGCAGGCCUCUGGCUACCAGCCUGAUGUAUCUUACAAUCUGGCUUUAGCUUGUUACAGCAACAGGCACUAUGCCCCUGCUCUGAAGCAUAUUGCCAACAUCAUAGAGAGAGGCAUCCGUCAGCACCCAGAGCUAGGUGUGGGCAUGACCACCGAAGGCAUUGAUGUUAGAAGUGUUGGCAACACCGUAGUCCUUCACCAGACGGCACUGGUCGAAGCCUUCAACCUCAAGGCAGCCAUAGAGUACCAACUGAGAAACUACGAGGCGGCCCAGGAAGCCCUCACUGACAUGCCGCCCAGGGCAGAGGAAGAGUUGGACCCUGUGACCCUGCACAACCAGGCUCUGAUGAACAUGGAUGCCAGACCUACGGAGGGGUUUGAGAAGCUCCAGUUCCUGCUGCAGCAGAACCCCUUUCCCCCGGAGACCUUCGGCAACCUGCUGCUGCUCUACUGUAAAUAUGAGUACUUUGACCUGGCAGCUGAUGUCCUGGCAGAGAAUGCCCAUUUGACGUACAAGUUCCUCACGCCCUAUCUCUAUGACUUCUUGGAUGCCAUGAUCACUUGCCAGACGGCUCCCGAAGAGGCUUUCAUAAAGCUGGACGGGCUGGCUGGCAUGCUGACUGAGCAGCUCAGGAGACUCACUAAGCAAGUUCAGGAAGCAAGACACAACAGAGAUGAUGAAAUUGUCAUAAAAGCCGUGAAUGAAUACGAUGAAACUCUCGAGAAGUAUAUCCCUGUCCUGAUGGCCCAGGCAAAAAUCUACUGGAAUCUGGAAAACUAUCCCAUGGUGGAGAAGAUCUUCCGCAAAUCUGUGGAAUUCUGCAAUGACCAUGAUGUGUGGAAGCUGAAUGUGGCCCACGUCCUCUUCAUGCAGGAAAACAAGUACAAAGAGGCCAUCAGCUUCUAUGAGCCCAUUGUCAAGAAGAACUAUGACAACAUCCUGAGCGUCAGCGCCAUUGUCCUAGCCAACCUCUGUGUCUCCUACAUCAUGACAAGUCAGAAUGAGGAAGCCGAGGAGAUGAUGAGGAAGAUUGAAAAGGAGGAAGAACAACUCUCCUAUGGUGACCCAGACAAGAAAAUCUACCACCUCUGCAUUGUGAACUUGGUGAUAGGAACACUCUACUGUGCCAAAGGGAACUAUGACUUUGGUAUCUCCAGGGUAAUCAAGAGCCUGGAGCCUUACCAUAAAAAGCUAGGAACUGAUACGUGGUAUUAUGCCAAACGAUGCUUCCUGUCCUUGCUAGAAAACAUGUCAAAACACACGAUCAUGCUGAGGGACACUGUUAUUCAAGAAUGUGUCCAGUUUCUAGAGCACUGUGAAAUUUUUGGCAGAAACAUCCCUGCUGUUAUAGAACAGCCUUUGGAGGAAGAGAGAAUGCACAUUGGGAAGAAUACAGUCACGUAUGAGUCCAGACAGUUAAAAGCGUUGAUUUAUGAGAUCAUAGGGUGGAAUAUGUAG